CUAUAAGGAGAUGGGCUGGACUCGGCAUUCAAUUUACAAGGAAAAGCUGGACCGGGCUUGUUUCGGUGAAGUAGUCUCUGGUAUCCAGCCUAGCAAAAACCCUAGCCGAUAUUCAUUAACCUCCUCCCUCCUUAAGUCCUGAACCCUUUUGCUUUUCCUUCCCUGCCAUUCUCUCCUCCUGUCUUCGAUUUCCCUAGCAAAUCCGCUAAAAUGGGUUUCAAGAGGUACGUGGAGAUUGGGAGGGUGGCGCUAAUCAACUACGGGAAGGACUACGGAAAGCUCGUGGUGAUCGUCGAUGUCGUCGAUCAAAACAGGGCUCUGGUUGAUGCUCCAGAUAUGGUGAGGAGCCAGCUGAACUUCAAGAGGCUUACUCUCACUGACAUCAAGAUUGACAUCAACAGGGCUCCCAGGAAGAAGACUCUGAUUGAAGCGAUGGAGAAAGCAGAUGUUAAGGGCAAAUGGGAGAACAGUUCCUGGGGAAGGAAGCUCAUUGUUCAGAAGAAGAGAGCCUCACUCAAUGAUUUUGACAGGUUCAAGGUCAUGUUGGCUAAGAUCAAGAGGGGAGGACUUGUCAGGCAGGAACUUGCAAAACUCAAAAAGGAGUCAGCGUAGAAGAUCCCACCUUUUCUUUUUAAGUCGGCAGUUUACUUGCCGUUUUUAUGUGUCUUGUUUCAGUCAGCAAUUGGUAGUUUUGCUUGACUUUGAAUUGGGAUUGAAUUGGGAUACCAUGGCUUGUGCUAAGGGAAAGAUCAUGUGGAAUGGAUUUAGCUUGUUAUUUUCAAUUACGUAAUCCUGACAGUAGGGUGUUUUUUCCUAUGAUUGAAAAAUUGUAUCGUUCCGACAGUUUGUUUAGGAAAAUCUCAUAGCGAUGGCUAAAGUGGACCAUCGGUAGGCAGUAUUUAGCACGUAUGAUGUGAUUAUAUUAUCAUUAAAUCACAAUUUCAGCAUAAAAUACCCUACUAAUAUUUUCCGUUUCAACCUCUUUCCACUUUGCAGUACAACAAUCCGAUAUGUUCGCAAUCCUUGGUUUUUUCUUUCCACCUAUGUUCUCAAAGCCGUUACAUAGACAAGUGAAAACCAGUCUCCAACACUUAAACAAAAGAGAACGACUGAUGUACAAAGGCCGGUUUGGCAGUCAUGACAAAGGAACCAAAACUGAACAAAGACAAGAUUGGAAG